AUGCGGUACACCGUCACAUCUACCACAAGUAUGGUCCUGAUGCUGGCCUCGCUGGCCUCGCUGGCCACCGCUACCCCGCCCUUGGCGCCUUUCGCUGGGAGCUGCACUGAACUGGGCCAGGCAUGCCGUUUUGACUCGCAUUGCUGUGGAAACACCGUUCGCCAUAUCGGCUGCGUAAAUGGCCUAUGCGCUUGGACGCAGCUUCCCUGCAAAGGGGCGAACCAGCAGUGCGUUGUCAACACGAGGUCUCCCUGGAACAUGUGCUGCGGCGGCAACACCUGCAACCCACUGACCAACCGGUGCGAACCAAAACCCGUCGCUCAGCAGGUCCAGGCGCAGGCGCAGGCGCAGACGCAGGCGCAGCGUUCUCGCUGGUAUUCAAACUUGUUUAGAAGACCUCAAGGAAACCGACGUGACCUAGCCUCGGGCCCGGAAGCCAACAUUGCGGCACGCUCGGAUGAUGAUGAAGCGGGCUAUGACGAGUAG